UUGGAGUUUGGCUGAUUCGCGAGUGUGUACGGUUCGGUUCCACUCCGCUAUGCAUGUGUUUCGCUCUUGGGUUUCAGAAGCGUCGAAGCGUCUCCUCACAAUCAUCACAAACAACAUACGGGCGCAAUGGCGGUGAACUGGUGCAGCUUGCGCCUCGGCGGUUCGUUCCACCGGCGGAAGCGGCCGACCGGGCGGCACCAGCAGGUAGGACUACACGCUCAAGGAGCAUGCCGCUAGCAGUAUGGCAAGCUCACCAAGCGGCGGCGGUGGCGACGAUCGGCCCCACUGGUCGGACUUCUGCGAGAAGCACGCCCGUGUGGCAGCAGCCGAGUUCGCCCACAACUACCAGCUUUUCGUGGCCGAUCACCAAGAGCUGUCCCGGUCGGUGGACUUUCCCGCGUUCGGGCGCCGUUUCGCCGAUGUGUUCCAGGAGCACUUCGAGGCCGAGGUGCGGAGACGCAUCGAUGAGGUUGGCGGCGGCGGCGCCAGGCCGCUGAGCACGGCGAGCAACGGCGGCGGCUCGCAGGAGCCGCUGGGCGCCGUCGCCGCCGCCGUCGCGGCGCCGAGGGCUGUGGCCAAGACGCCGAGCAGCGCGACGUCUUCGCAGGACAACCUGCGUUCGCUCGCCGCCGUCAACCACGAGGACUACAGUGACCUCUCUGAAGGGGAAGCGUCGCCCAAGGCACACCACCGCCUUUUCUUUCGCCGGCUUUCGUUCAAGGGCCUCAAGCGCGGCAAGGGCCUCUUCCACAAGCAACACUCGGACGAGCUCGAGUUAUCGUCGCAUGCGCCGCCCCACCAUCAUCACGGAGAGCGACGCAGCAAGGGUGACAAACACCACCACCACGACAAGGCCAAGCUCAGCAAGAUUCUCGUCGAGCACGUCAAGGAAGGGCUCGUCAACUACGUGAGCGGCGAAAACAUCGACGGCCGUCAGAAGUGGGAGAAGUGCCGGUUGGUGUUGGUCAAAACUAUCGGUGGAUACCUGCUCGAGUUCUACGCGCCGCCCAAGUCCCUAAGGCCACGGAGUGGCGUGUUUUGCUACCUGAUCCAUGAUGCCCGGGAAACUACUGCACUUGAGAUGCCUGACCAUGAGAACACUUUUGUGCUUAAGGCCGAACAUCACAUUGAAUAUGUUGUGGAAGCGCACGAUGCAGAGAGUAUGAAGUCAUGGCUCUCCACGAUUCGAUACUCCAUGCGGCAUCUUGGUGACGCAGCUGACGAGAACACGAGACCCAGGUUGACAACGUCGCCGUCUGAGUCAUUGGCAAGGCUUCGAGAGCAGCACGCAAAUACCAAAAAGGCUCCUGCCGAGGCAACCACUGUCGUCGCUCCAAGCGAUCUUCCAGUUGUCCGCGCUGUUGGAAGUGGCAGCGACGGUGGUGCAGCAGCGUUGCCACCGUCUGUCACCCCAGUUGUCGCGGUAGCUGGAGGAACUGGCAGUGGUGGAGGGGAGGCUGCAGCGGCAUCACCCCCUGCCGUCGAUGGUGGAGCAUCCUCAUCUGGUGGAGAAGGUGGCGACCUGUACCAAUCACUGCGCGAGUACCCGUGGUUCCACGGGACACUCUCGAGGAGCGACGCGGCCCAGCUGGUUUUGCGCGAAGGUCCCUUGGGCCAUGGCGUGUUUCUCGUGCGGCAGAGCGAGACGCGUAAGGGAGAGUGUGUGCUCACCUUCAACUUCCAGGGCAGGGCCAAGCACCUGCGCAUGACGCUCAACCCGGAGGAGCAGUGUCGGGUGCAGCACUUGUGGUUCGAGACCAUCUUCGACAUGCUGGAGUACUUCCGGAUGCACCCGAUCCCGCUCGAGUCCGGUGGAUCGUCGGAUGUGACUCUGACAGACUUUGUGCUCGCUCCCGGAGCAACUGGCAGUAAUGAGGGGGAGCUACUCACCUAUGGCGGCUCGGUGCGCCUUCACUCGUCCUCACUGGACAACUUGCAAGCCGCCCACUUACCGCACGGUCGUGCUGUCGAAAACACCUAUUCCUUCGUCUGAGAAGGCAAAUGGUGUGCUGCUGUUGUGCUUCUCAAAGACGCAACGACCCGUUCUUAGACAUGCUUUUACCUGAACUGUAUUUUGUUUCCGGCCAUUCUGAAGUGCAUCGGGACACAUGAAUAGGACCUGGCUGGUUUUUUUUUUUAAUUCUGUACAAACCUUUAUUCUGAACACAUUGUGUGCUGCGUGGUUGCUGCUCGUGAAGUCAAGACAUCUUACCAACGACAGCAAGUUGAGCUUGUUUACAGCGCAUCGGGACACUUGUGAAGUGGAUGCACUUUUGACUUUUGCUGUUUGUGCGGUGGAGUGUUAUGGAAGCGCUCGGCAGUACUCUGGCGACAACGUUGCAAGCAUCUUUUCGACUGCUGUUCGAAAUUUGGGUGCUUUUAGUUGUGGACAGUUUUCAACUGUAAGUUUGCAGCUACUCAGUUUGACACUGUGUGUUCUGCUACUGAAGCAAAUACUCCCUCUUUGUGUUGAAGAUGUGAAUACUGCUGGACUUCUCCGAGUCUGUACAUGUCAAUGUUCUGAUUCCAUCACUCCACACAGAUUUAUGGUAAAUGAUUGCGAAGUAUUGCAUGUUUAUGCUGCCACAAAUUUGACUUCGGGACAGCUUACCGGAAUAGUUGAUGCAGCAAGCCUCACAGAGUGUCAUAGGAACGCAAGAACUGUUGUAAUGCUUGAGUGGAUUUCACGCUAAAAAAGGUAUUCGCAAGUUCUCAUUGUUUUCAUCAACUUGCAGUAUUUGCGAGUUCAUUUUCCAUGCAACUGCUGUUAAUUCAGAAGAUGGCAUCAUGUCGUGGCCAUCUGCUGUUCACAGGCUUCCAGAAUAAGCCUGUUGGAAAGUUAUAAAACACGAAUCCAUCGUUAAGCUAUGGCCACACACCUGACAUCAGUGCAGACUCGUAGAGGUGGUGUUUAGCGAGACAGCAGCCAUUUGAAUACGAACAAAGUUUCCGUGACAAACUGGUGUUUCGCCAAGAGCGCUUUAUCGUGGAGGCAGAGAGAAGAAUGGUUGUAGAAAGCUACAACACAUCCUGCGUUGCUACCUGAGCAGCCUUUAUACAAGGGACACCUUAUGGAAGGUAACACUUGACCUAUACUAUUCGAACAACGACUACUGAAGAAGUAUGAGACGGAACAUCACUUGGCCGAUGUGUGUGGGCAGUAAUGUUGAAGAAAGCAGAGGAUGUUAUUAAAGGUGCGAAAGAUUGGGUGGUCCCUUUUAUAUCGGUCUACAUAAUGGAUGUUUCUCGACGUAACUGAAAGCCAGAGCUUACUGAAGUGUGCAUGAUAACUGUUUUGAUAAGGGGCAUUGUUGUACACCGAAUGAUUCACUCUGCAGUAUGCACUUCCAGACCAGACAGAAGUGUGUUGUUUUGAGACAGCUGUGUGCUGGCUGAUGCGGAUUUUUUUUUUAGUACAGAUUAAGGUGUUAUGAUGUAUGCUGUUGAAAAGAUCUGGUGCCCUCCAAUAUGCGUAGUUUACCGAGAAUUAGAUGCGGGAUUAAUGUAUUUCUAACAAGAAAUGCACUGUUCUUGUAUGAAUGCUUCCUAUCAGAUCAAGGAUUAACCUGACCACUCGGUCACAACCAUACUGUGAUUAAAGCUUCCUCUGAAUAGCGUUUGCCAUAGAGGCUUUCGUGCUCAUGCUUGAAAAAAAACAGAUAAGCUUGUAAAGCCUGCAUAACAGCUACUGGCUAGGAUGGAGUGCAUUCUUUACGUGUCAAGUUAUUGAACUCGUUCGUCAAGCUUUACGACAUGCUUACUGUUUGCAUGUUGCUGUGGACUUGUCAGCUUUGUGAUGGUCCUUCCUCAUAUUGCUGAAGGGAGGCAGUUACCAGACAUAAGUUGAGCAAUGUUAUUACUGAAACUGGAAAAAUGUUUUCCAUAUUACUGUUUGGCCUUGUCAAGAAGCUAUUGCAGUGUGUGAUAAAUUAAAAAAAUGUACAUUUUAUGUAAAGAUAUCAGGUACUGUGCAUGUAACUACUGACCACAAAAGUUUGUGAAAAUGGGAGUUGCACAAAACUAACUGAAAAGCGAACUACAUGAAUUGUAUAAAGGGUCAUCGAACUGCACCUUCAGAAAUCCAAGGCUCUGCUGCAAUAAAAUUUGUGCUUUUCACAGCUCCUAUAAUCGGAAAACUUUUGUGAUUAGUUGUAAUGUCGUUCACACAUUCACGUUUCAUGUCACAAAUUAGAAGCGGAGAAUAAAUGUGCGACCCUAAGAGGAUAAAAGACAUGAUAGCCUGCAGCUGUACAGGAUGAGAGAUGGUACAGAGGAGGACACUCCUUGCUUGCUCAACAUGUAUGCAUUGUUUAUAAGUGUUCUUAACAGUCUACCAAGCAUUGAUGCGCCUGGAUGUUCCUGAAUGCUAGUUCUUUCAGUCGCAUUAAAAUUGCUAAAAGUCAUAA